UGUGGGCGUGACCUGCCGAAGGAGGAUGAUGCCAUCAAGGUGGGGAUGGUGGCUGUCCUCUUACACCCUCGCCAAAGUUUUGGUGGCCUCAGCCGUCUUGGCAGAGAACACUUCCCACGUGGGAGCCUACGAAAAUGAGCUGGAAGCCAACAACACCUGUGAGGAGGCCGGCGGGUGUCAGCCGGGGGUUAUCCUCCCUGUUUGGCAGCCGGAUAACCCGUCCAUGGGUGACAAGGCCGCCCGGGCGAUUGUCUACUUCGUGGCUAUGAUGUAUAUGUUUCUGGGUGUCUCCAUCAUUGCUGACCGCUUCAUGGCCUCCAUCGAGGUGAUCACAUCUAAGGAGAAGGAGAUCACUAUCACCAAGUCCAACGGCGAGACGAGCAUUGGUACUGUGCGAAUUUGGAACGAGACGGUCUCCAACCUUACCCUCAUGGCUUUGGGCUCCUCUGCUCCCGAAAUACUCCUCUCUGUCAUCGAGGUCUGCGGUCACAACUUUGAAGCAGGGGAACUGGGCCCGGGCACCAUUGUGGGCAGCGCGGCCUUCAACAUGUUUGUGGUCAUCGCCGUGUGUGUCUACGUCAUCCCCGCUGGGGAGAGCCGCAAGAUCAAACACCUGAGAGUCUUCUUUGUCACAGCAUCCUGGAGCAUCUUUGCUUACAUUUGGUUGUACCUCAUCCUUGCUGUCUUCUCUCCAGGGGUGGUAAAAGUCUGGGAAGCCUUACUCACCCUUGUCUUCUUCCCCGUCUGUGUGGUCUUUGCCUGGAUGGCGGACAAGCGCCUGCUGUUCUACAAAUAUGUCUACAAGAGGUAUCGGGCAGAUCCACGCAGCGGGAUCAUUAUUGGAACAGAGGGUGAAUUCCCAAAGGGGAUUGAGAUGGACGGUAGCUUUGUGGCCAAUGACCACCGGGAGAGUGUAUUUGUGGACGGAAGCGCAGCUUCUGUGGCACCACUGCCUGUCACGACACAGGAGGAGAAAGAGUUGGACGAGAGCCGCAAAGAGGUCAUCCAGAUCCUGAAGGACCUGAAGCAGAAGCACCCGGACAAAGAACUGGAACAGCUCGUCGAGAUGGCCAACUAUUAUGCCCUCUUGCACCAGCAAAAGAGCCGUGCCUUCUAUCGUAUCCAGGCUACCCGCCUGAUGACCGGAGCGGGGAACAUCCUCAAAAAACAUAUCUCUGAGUACUCCAAGAAGUCUGCUAACCUGCUGGAGGUGCCCUCGGAGGCAGAGGUGGAGGAGAACUACAGCAAGAUCUUCUUCGAGCCGUGUAUGUAUCACUGCUUAGAGAACUGUGGCUCAGUCACUUUGACCGUGGCCUGCGAGCAGGGCGGCGACACGUACAAUACUUUCUACGUCGACUACAAGACAGAGGAUGGCUCAGCAAAGGCAGGCUCAGACUACGAGUACAGUGAGGGGACCUUGAUCUUCAAGCCAGGGGAGACCCAGAAGGAACUGAAGAUCGGCAUCAUCGAUGACGAUAUCUUUGAGGAAGACGAGCACUUUUUCGUGCGGCUGCUCAACCUGCGGGUGGGGGAUGCGGAGGGCAUGUUUGAGUCGGACUCGGCUGACCACCCAAAGGGGCGGCUCGUAGCGCCCUUGGUGGCCACUGUGACCAUUUUGGAUGAUGACCACGCUGGCAUCUUCACCUUCCAAGACAAACUGCUCAGGGUCAGCGAGUGCCAAGGGACUCUGGAGGUCAAGGUGAUCCGGAGCUCAGGGGCCAGGGGGACAGUCAUGGUCCCCUACCAGACUGUGGAAGGGACCGCAAGAGGAGGGGGCAUAGACUACGAAGACUCCAGUGGGGAGUUGGAGUUCAAGGACGACGAAACAGUCAAAUCCCUCUGCGUGAAAAUCGUGGAUGUCGAAGAGUACGAGAAGAAAGACAGCUUCUUUAUAGAGCUGGGGCAGCCACGGUGGCUGAAACGAGGCAUCUCAGCCCUUCUCCUAAAUCAAGUCGAUGCUGAUAAAAAGCUCUCAGCUGAGGAAGAGGAGGCCCGGAGGAUUGCUGAAAUGGGCAAACCCAUCCUCGGGGAAAACUCCCGCCUUGAAGUCAUCAUCGAGGAGUCCUACGAUUUCAAGAACACUGUGGACAAGCUCAUCAAGAAAACCAACCUGGCGCUGGUGAUUGGCACGCAUUCCUGGCGGGAACAGUUCCUCGAGGCAAUCACCGUGAGUGCGGGUGACGAGGAAGAUGAGGAGGAUGGGCGGGAGGAGCGGCUCCCUUCCUGCUUCGACUACGUCAUGCACUUCCUGACUGUCUUCUGGAAAGUUCUCUUCGCCUGCGUGCCGCCCACCGAGUACUGGAAUGGCUGGGCCUGCUUCAGCGUCAGCAUCAUGGUGAUCGGCAUCCUGACUGCCUUCAUCGGAGACCUGGCCUCACACUUCGGCUGCACCAUCGGCCUCAAGGACUCCGUCAACGCCGUCGUGUUCGUGGCCCUCGGCACCUCCAUACCAGACACUUUUGCCAGCAAAGUGGCAGCCCUCCAGGAUCAGUGUGCUGACGCCUCCAUUGGCAACGUUACCGGCAGCAACGCGGUCAACGUCUUCCUGGGCCUGGGCGUGGCGUGGUCGGUCGCCGCCAUCUAUUGGGCCUUCCAGGGCAAAGACUUCAAGGUGGAGGCGGGCACACUGGCCUUCUCCGUCACCCUCUUCACCAUCUUCGCCUUCAUCUGCAUCAGCGUCCUCAUGUACCGGCGCCGUCCGCACAUAGGGGGCGAGCUGGGGGGGCCCCGAACCGCCAAAAUCCUCACGGCCAGCCUCUUCCUGGGCUUGUGGUUCAUCUACAUCCUCUUUGCCAGCUUGGAGGCUUACUGCCACAUCAACGGCUUCUGA